AUGGGUCCAGACACAUUCGCAUGGGUGUUCGACUGUUUCCGGAUAGGACUGAUCGUGGUGCCGUCAAUUCUUCUGUUUGCCAUCACAAUACUUCUUAUUCGAACGAUUAAGACGUCAGAUGCUCCUAAGCUGAAUGUCAACCGUCAUAAGCGAGUCAGCUCGGCGUUCAGGAACACCACUGUGAUGCUCACUGUCAUUAUUGUACUGUUCUUGCUGGCCAGGGUUCCUUCAACACUGUCUGAUCUACUACCGUUGGGCUCGCUGGAAUUCGCUCAUUCCGCUUACCUUCGUGCGUUUGCCAACAUCAUUCUCGUCACUCUGCACCCAAUUUCCUUCGCCGUCUAUAUGUUUAUGUCAAGGCGUUUCCGUGUUUCAUUACGUCGCCUUCUCGGAUGGCGUUUUCUUGCUUCGGACGAAGAGUUCAACGCCGUCAACUCGUCAGUGCGGACAUCGCAAUUCAAAUCGCAACAAUCGCCGCACGAGCUGUAUUAUCCCGCUUGGCUAACUGCAGCAAUGGUAUGUUUCUUCUUCACUUGUGGUCAGACCAGUGUGUCCCGUUUCUCGCGGCCGUCGAUGUCUAAAAAAGGAGUGGUGUUUGCCCCAUCAACGUGCUCGAUCUCUUCUGGCGGACCAACGGCCACCAACAAAAGCCUUUCAGAGUGGUCGACAAAGAGCAACUUCUCGACGCGGUUCGCCCUUUUCGCUCGUCGAUUUCGUUUCACAAAACGAUGUGAUACGGUAUAG